AUGCCGACCAUGGGCUUAAUUCGCUUCCUCUCGGCGGCCACGGACCUUGAGCUGACGGACAAGGGCGGUGCUGACGUGCGAGAGCUGGUCAGCAGGAUUCUCGCUGAGACCAUUCCGCAGAGGCCCCUACCACUGGAGGAGACGGCAACCAUCCUGCAGAGCUUGCUGAAUUCUGGCACAGUUCUGCCUGACAAGCAGCUGCGGCACCUCCUCUCCUGGGUGGCCCCAAACAGGCCGAGCCACUUCAGCCACUUACAGCUGACGUCCCUGCGCCAGUUCGUGCUCUUCGUACUUGCGCAGGCUGAGGAGACACAGCGGGCUAGUCUGCUGCGAAUGCCGGUCGAGAUGCAGACCUUUGUCUCCGCAGUUCUCUGCAAUCGCAUGCCCAACGUUCGGCCGGGGAUUCCAGAGGCGACGCGGCAGUUUCGAUCGCAGGUGACGGAGAUGGUGGUCGACGAUCCUGACGUCGUCCUGGGCGUUCAGCUGGGACCCGGCGGGUACCUGGAUCUCAAGGUUGGUAACACCGCCUGGCUGCUGGAUGGUCCAGAGGCUUUCUUGAGGCCCUUUACCCAGCCUUUGGACUACAUCGCCCAGGAAAAACGCCGGCUGUGGCUCCUCGAGCGGUUGCUUUGCGACGAAGGAACGCGCCGUUCCGUGGCAGACUUUUUCCCUGGAGCGCUGCAGUGGCCGUUGCUAGGCAGCGUCAACCGCUUAUCUUGGCAGCAGUGGGAGCAGACCACUCCUGCGGCACGUCCUCAGCUCCUCGGCCACGUCCUCCGAUCUCCUCCAGGUGGCCCCAUUGCUUCACCCAGCCUCUUGCCCAUUGCCUCUGGCGGCCAGGUGGGGCGGCAGCCGACGGUAGCUGAGUGA